AUGCUGAAGUUGGCGUUAAACGUUGUUUUUGCCCGAAAGUUUAACCAGCUAAUGGUCUGUGAUCUAUUUUCAAGGAAAAUGUCCGAAGAGCAGAAGGCGCAAACGGCAGUCCCCGAAAAGGACACCAUUUUUGGAAAAAUUGUGCGCAAGGAAAUCCCCGCCUCGAUCAUCUAUGAAGACGAUGAUACAUUGGCUUUUCACGACGUACACCCUGAGGCACCCGUUCAUUUCCUGGUUAUUCCGAAGAAGCCACUGCAGAGCCUGUCGCGAACGUCCGCAGACGACACGUUGCUUCUCGGCAAGCUGCUAUUCACUGCGAAGCUGACGGCCGACAAGCUCGACCUUCACGACGGCUACCGUGUGGUGAUCAAUGACGGUCGUCACGGCUGUCAGAGUGUCUACCACUUGCAUCUGCACGUGUUGGGUGGACGUCAGCUGAAGUGGCCACCGGGCUAA